UGCAACACCGCGUUCAACUCAAGCUGCUGCAGGCUGCUACAGGUAUCGUUCGGCUUUGAGGUACUGCAGCGCUGAGGAGAAGGUCAACUGUUUUGUUUUUUUCUACAUUUCAGUGAAGCUCAUCUUUUGUUCAUUUCACUGAGCUUGUUUUAAACACAGUUUAUCAGGGUUACUGGCUAAAAUAUUACAUUUUACUACCCUCAUGUUACGCGCGUCUUGUUCUGUCGCAUGUAGGAGCAGAUUUUAAGGGAACUCUUCAGGGAAUUAAGGAAUUUUGUUUCCCCCAUUGCCAACAUGAGUCCUUCACGGUCUGUGCUGCUGGUGGGAGAAGGGAACUUCUCCUUUUCUGCCUCUGUGAGCCAGUUGUACAGGGAAACAGAAAGCGUGACAGCCACUUGCCUGCAGCGUCGGGAGGAGGCACUGCGGCACGAAGGAGCUGCCGCUAACAUCCAGAUGAUCAAGGACUCAGGAGGAACCGUGCUUUUCGAAGUGGACUGCACAAAGCUGGGGCAGUGCGCCUCUCUCCGGGGACGUUUGUUUGACCGAGUAGUUUUUAACUUCCCUCACUGUGGGAGGAAGAGUGGGGUCAAAAAGAACAGAGAACUUAUCAAAAACUUCUUCCUCAGUUGUGUUCAGGUCUUAGCUGAAGACGGGGAGAUUCAUGUUUCCUUGUGUAACGGGCAGGGGGGGACACCAGCAGACCACCCGAAGCGGGAGUGGCACAACAGCUGGCAGGUGGCUGCCAUGGCAGCAGAGGCACAGCUGAUCCUCAACGACGUCCGUCCUUUUGAGAGUGGGAACUACCAGAGCUACAAGUGCACUGGAUACAGGAGCCAGGAUAAGGGCUUUCAUGUGGAGAAAGGUUUAGUCCACGUGUUCACUCGCAGCCUCCCCUACACCUCUGCUCAGAUAUUUACAGUGGAGGAGGUGGUUGAAGGGGAGAAAGUCCAGUACAACAUACCGGCUGAGCUCAGUGAUUACAUCUUCAGGGGAUUUCUCUGCUCAGGUUCUGUCCACCCGGUCAAGUUGGUGCAAGAUUAUAUUCUCAAAGGCCUCACAGAGAAGUGGUCAGUCUCCAUGACAACAGAGAUAAUUCCCUUCCUCCUCACGGCCAAACAGCUGCAGGCGAGUUGCUGUGACAUCGACAGUACCCACUGCUACUGGAUCAGCCUUGUUCAGAAGGACCUCAACUCGGGUGCUGAAAUCUCCACAGACGAAGAAAGAGAUUUGGUCUUGCACGGUCAGGGACAGAUAGACACGCGGGAUGUUUCUUCACCAACGCUUGUUACCUCGAAUGAAGUGGACAAGGUGAGGAGCGAAGGAGCUGAGAGCUUAAGGUCGGCAUGCUCUCUUGAUGUCGACCCUGAUGAGGAGAAUGGGCUUUUUCUUCUGCGCCCAUCCCUGCUGCCUCGGAUGGAAGAGCUUCUGACUAAAAAAGAAGAGUGGAUUAAUGUGGGGAGUCGUGUUGAGAAUGAAGGAAGUUAUAGAAGUGUUGAAGGACACGAGAAAGAGGAGCCCUCUGGGGGCAAUAAUGGUGUCACCACCUUUUUAUAUGGCGUUAGUGGAUUGGUGUUCAAGAGCAUGCACAUUAACCUCUGGGGUCUGCCUGCCUUUCAUGAGCUUCUCAUUAGAGGCACUUUCCCCUCAGACGUUGAGCCAAUGAGAUUCAUUGGACAAAGGCUGGAAACGCUGCUCGCUCCUUACGGGGUGUCUCUCAUCGAAGAAAAGGGAGGUCUGCGUCUGACGGCAGCACCAAUGGGUUUGUUAGGAAGGGUGUCUGAAAGCAGUGCAAGGGUCAACAUAAGCCAUAUCAACAUCACUCUGUCCUUAAAUUUGGAUCUCCUAGCUGUGCUCCUCUUCUCACUUCCUGAUUGGCGGAUCCUAUGGUCACAUGAUCCUCGCUUUUCAAAACAGUUUUCGCUCCGCCCUUCACCAGGAGAACCCUUUCAGCCAUUCUCCCUGUUCCCUGAGCACUUCGCCUUUGACAUCAGCUUCUGGACAGCACCCACCUGGGAGGAAAGGAAGUUUCACGCCGUGGUCCGAGAGGCCAGUCGAGGGACUGUGGAGCAGGUUCAACUUAUCGACACAUUCUCGCAUCCUGACCUGAGUCAGACCAGUUGCUGCUACAGACUCGUCUACCGCUCACACACACAUGCUCUGUCACACACACGAGCACUCCAGUUUCAUCAGACGCUGGAGUCCUUACUCGCCUCUCAGUUGCAAGUCACAAUCAGGUAGCCACAUUUGAAUCUCAAGGAGAAACAGAGCUUGAGUCCUUGUAUGUUUGUUACAGCAACAAAAAGUGUGAAGUGAAUAAUCUGUAAAACUUUAUGUGAAGAGUUUUACAGUAGUUGAGGCAUUGUUUUCUGCUCAUGGAUUUGAAAUGUAUAAAAUAAACCAGUAAUUUAACAUAACAAGUGUGUGGUUAUA